AUGUUUCUCAUUUGGCUCACACUGCUGGUCUCAGCUCCUCUGGCUGAGGGUGCACCAGAGAAGCCGAAGAGGUCUGCUCUGAACCAGCUGACCCGGACUCUCCUCAGGAAAUACGACUGUGGAGUCCGACCCGUGCACAACUGGACCAGCAUCACCACCGUCUACAUCGACCUGUUGCUGCAGUCCGUGCUGGAAGUGGAUGGAAAGACGCAGAGUAUAACUACCAGUAUUUGGUACAGACAGAUCUGGACGGAUGAGUUCCUGGUUUGGGACCCGGAGGAGUUUGAUGGCAUCAAUGAAAUCUCUCUGUCCUCUGACACCAUCUGGAUACCUGACGUCAUCAUUAGUGAAUUUGUGGACGGGGGGAAGUCCCUCCCGAUCCCCUACGUGUACGUGAACUCGUCGGGCUCGGUGAAGAACUACCGGCCCAUGCAGGUGGUUCUGGCCUGCAACCUGGAGAUGUACGCCUUCCCAUUCGACAAGCAGAACUGCAGCCUGACCUUCCGCAGCUGGCUGCACUCAGUGAAGGAAAUCGACCUGGCUCUGUGGAGGAGCGCCGAGGCCAUCGCUAACGACAAGAGGGAGUUCAUGAACGACGGAGAAUGGGAACUGUUGUCCAUCCCCUCCAGCUACUGGCUCAUCCACCAGGACGACACCGACUACGCCCACAUCCAGUUCAACGUUCUGAUACGGCGGCGCCCCCUGCUGUACGUGGUGGGCCUCCUGAUCCCGAGCAUCUUCCUGAUGCUGGUGGACGUGGUGAGCUUCUCGCUGCCUCUGAACAGCGGGACGCGCAUCGUGUUUAAGAUCAGCAUCUUGCUGGGGUACACCGUGUUCAGGGUCAACCUGACCGACGAGCUGCCCGUCACCGCGCUCAGGACGCCUCUCAUAGGAGUGUUCUUCGCGGUCUCCAUGGCCAUGCUGAUGCUGAGCCUCACAAAGUCCAUCCUGGUGGUGAAGCUGCUGCACCACAGUGAGGCGGAGGUCAGGCAGAUGUCCGUGUCCGCCUGCCUGCUGGACAAGUACGGCUCAGUGGGGCACGGGUUCACGGAGAGCGCUUUGACCUCCACUCGGACCCUCAACAACAUCAACCUGUCCGCAGAGUACGAUAUGGAUCCCUCUCUGGAGGAGGACCUGCUCUCCCUGAAUGAGAUCCAGGACGCUCCCUCUGGUCUGGAGUGGCUCCUGCAGGAGUUGGUGUCUCUUCGCCUGGCGUUAUCUCAGGAGGACAGCGAGACCUCGGCUCAGGCUGACUGGCUGGCCCUGUGUUCGAGGCUCGACUGCUUCCUGUUCCGCUUCUACCUUGUAGUCCUGAUCUCGUACGCCGGGACGCUGCUGAUGCUCUGGGCCAGCUGGAGCUUCGCCUGA